AACUUCCACCAUACUGUGUCUGGCGCCACGAUCAGGUUUCCUCCAGGCAAUUGCCUUAGAUGCUCUUCGUCUUUACGUCUAACCAACAUCUCUCGGAGCAAUUAUUCGGUGCUUCUAGGCGUUGCGUUUACAUUGCUCGCUGCUGAAGGAACAAACAACGAAACCUGGUAAAGUUGGAACAGUGACAACUUCACGGAUCGUGAGCGUGUUCGUCAACGGGCUCGAGAAUACUCUGGUUCAAUAUGUCGGACAAGAUCAGUUUCCUGCCAUUGGAGGUACUUCUCUCCAUCCUGGCGUACCUACCUUUUGAGUCUCUCCUUGCCUUUGGAGAAACAUCUCGCGCGAAUUUCACGUCUCACGCCCUUUGCCUGAGGCGUCUUCGAGUCGGAGUGUUUGAAAAGCGAGUCCAUUCCAUGAUCUCUCUACUUCAGGCAGGCUGGGCUACCCCCGAUCAACUUUCUUCGUCGCGUGAGAAUGAUGGUUCCAGGAGUGACUAUACAAUUUCCGUGAUCCAACCAGGCAUCUAUGCACAACAAGGAUUCGACGGAAAGCCACAUGCUAAAUGCAAACUGCAAAGAAAACGGGACAUAAGCCCACAAGACGCUCAGGAGCAGACGGUACAAGCACAGAACAAAGUUCUCGCACGACUGGUGGAUCGAUACGGGCCUUCGUUGGUCAAGCUUGAGUUCAUGGCCUACGAUCUUGAUGUCGACGGGGCAAAAGCGCUCGGAACCAGAUGUAGAAACGCGCUGCGCUAUCUUGCACUGCGUUUCGAGCAUCCACAUAUCCGCGACGGGCCGAUGAGGCCAACCGCUUGGUAUUAUCCUGCGCCGGGUAGCACUGCCUGGAACCUACUAGCAGGCAUAGGGAACCCCAAGAACAUAGGGCUCACCGGCCUUGAGACUCUGAUAUUGGAACGAUCAGGCAUCACACCAUGGCAGUUGGCGAUGCUUGUGACGAAGAAUCCUAGGCUGAGAGUCUUGAAGUUGAGGACCUGCCGUGGUGCCCAGCCGGAGUUUUUGGAUUGGCUUGGGGCCUUCAAAAGGAUAAAAACGGUGCAGUGAUAGAAAGGCCGAGACUGGCACCUGGUGCGAAGCUCGAAGUUCUCUGGCUGGAGAAUUGCCACGGUUUACUU